GUGAGCUUUGAAUGCAAUGCCGAAGCACUCAAUUACUACAGUCGGCUCCGGAAGUGCUCAUCACAUCGAUGGAGUGAUCCAAACGAUGUCAAACUAAUGCCCACCUGUUGUAUGACCUAUGAGUUUGCAUGUCUCAAAAAAACUCUGUUCCCGAAGCGGUGUACAGUGUCUUCGCCGGCGUUUGACGAUCACAUCAACCGUCUCUACGAUUACGCGGAGUCUCAGUGUCUGUCGACCGACGGGUCGUUGACUGAAGAGACGGCGAAACAGCGUUGUAUGAGUGCCUCGACGGCGGCCGUCACUGACGACGAGUGCAAGAAAUACCUUCCCUGUAAUGACUUCAAUAAGAUAACUCCCACCACAACCACUCCCAAGAGCUCUAAGAAACGGGCGGAAGUGUCUGAACACAACACUGGUGCCAACAACGGGUCCGCCGGCAACGACACCGAAAUUGACGACGACUAUAACACAGAAAUUACGUUGAAUGCGAGCACAACUACCGAUGUCUCGGCGAAUGGCACCGGCAAUGGCACUAAUGUGCCCGCACUGGCCGUUAACCCUCGGCGAAAGUCAUCGCAAAAUUCAAGCUCAACGGCCCUACUAAUAGUGAUUGUCAUACUUAUCAUCGUUUUGAUUAUUUCGAUAUUUGUCGUACUUUUAAUGCAAAAUCGUAAACGUAAGGCAAAAGCAAAGUUAGCCAAGAAAUCGUCAUCAGAUAGUGGUGGCACCCCUUCCACAAAGACCAAGGGUUCUCAAGAGCUCCGUAUGGUAUCCAAAAGUAUUACUUGCGGUUCGGAUCCAAAUGCAAGUGCUUUGGAACCGAUGGACACCAAUAUUACUGAAGACAGUCAGGAGUUAGUUCUCAAGAAUCCAUAUCUGAUCGCAAGAAUCGUUAGCGAACUCGACAUCAGAUCUCUGUUCACAAGUCAUUCGGUGUCCAAAGACUUCUUCAAUGCGACCGCUUAUGAGUCGGAGAAACGCAAAGACAUUAUACAUCUCUAUCUCUUGAACUACGAGUUCCUCAAAGAAUCGCCUCUUUAUGACUCCCAAAGACUGUUCGAGUCUUUCAGUCAUUACAGCAAUCGGUGGCUAAAUAUGAGACCAAAACACGUGUUGGUUCUGAUCGGAGGCUAUCGUCAAGACAUUGAUUACCGACGGAAAGAGAAUUCAGUGCAACAGAUGAGUGCCGGCCUUCCGAAGGACUGUCAGAUCACUUACUUAGACGUCGGGAAGACUGUCCUCACGAGUAGUAUUCGGUUCAAGAGUUUAACCAAUUUUAGUGGUCAUCAAAAUCAAAGGGAAAGGAAUCUCUUCCAAAGGACUUCAUUUCCAUGUUUGACGUCACUAUUGAUUCCAGACAUCGAUGGCAUUGAAGUAAACGCUUAUUAUUCUGCCGAAGAGGUGAACACCAAAGAUGUUUCGUGUGUUUUGUUCUUCGAGUCUUCGAGAAAGAGAGACAGAACUCCAAAAGGUAUCCUCAGAGACACACAAACCACUGAUGCCAUCAACCAAUUGGUCUCAAGACUUGACAACAAUGUCUCUUUUGGUGGCGGAUCUGUAAUCGCGGCCAAAACGUUGUCAAAAUGUCCGUUCCUUUUGGACCACAUUUUUCUGACAGUUGGCGGACAUCGGGUCAGAACUGCAAGCGUUAUAAUAUCGACAACAGAUAUGUCGGCAUACUUUGAACAGUUGUCUCAAUUCAAGAACAGUUUGGACUUUGAAUUAAGUGAUCCCAAGACCUCGACAUCCAUUGCCUUCAUAUUUGCCAAUUCAAACAACUUUGACAUUCAGUUCACGUCUGCCUUUCAAUACAUCUUUCCUUUCGUAGGAAUGUUUGGCUUUCAAUCCAAUGACAGAAUGUUUGGCCAACUCUUGGACUCAAACUCGUGGACAGACGGCGACCGCAAGAAUCGCAUCCAAAGUCUUAAUGCAAACACAAAUUCAGUCAUUGUUUUAGUGAACUUUGAAUUCAAAAAAUACAACUCGAAAUGA